AUGAAUACCGUUUCUUUUCUUAUUGUAACUAUUUACAGCGCUUUCAUCUUGAGCACAAUUGCAUUUCCUAUUAAGUGUCCUAGUUCAUCGGCUGAAUGGUGUAAAACUAAAGAGAUUGCUACAGCUUGCGAAGUAACUAAACAAUGUGCGUCAUUUGUAUGGAAUACUACGAAUAAUGAUCGUGUUAAUUUUACGAUUUAUUAUGAAUCACUUUGUGCUGAUUGUCGUCAAUUUAUUAUCACACAAGUAUGGUUCGCAUAUCAAGCUGUAGCGGAUAUAGUUAAUCUAACUUUUAUUCCUUAUGGAAAUGCUCAUGAAGUCUAUCGACCUGAAACAAAACUUUAUCAAUUUUAUUGUCAACAUGGUCCUGAUGAAUGUUAUGGAAAUCUUAUUCAUACAUGUGUCAUUGCAUUGUAUCCAGAAACUCGACAACAUAUGCCUUUCAUUUAUUGCAUGGAUUCCAUAGUAGGUGAUGUUGAAACAGUGGCGAGACAAUGUGCAAAAAAUGCAAGCAUUGAUUUCGAACAAGUUGCGACUUGUACAAAUGGUCGAGUAGGAAAUCAAUUACAGCAUGCAUAUGCUGUUCAAACUGAACAGACUAAACCAGCACAAGGUUUUGUACCAUGGGUAACACUCAAUGGUAAUCAUACGAAAGAAAUUCAAGAUUUGGCACAGACAGAUCUUAUUGCUCUUCUUUGUGACACAUACAAGGUUAAAUUAAUGAAUUAUUUUUUAUUUUAA